AUGGCACGUAAAGAAAAACGAGAAAAACGGAAAGAGCAUAAGAAGGGGCAUUUGCAAAAGGGAAUUGAUGCACGAGACAAAGUGGUGGCGAGAAACAAACGUGCAGCAACCGCGCGCCCGGAGAGAAUCUGGGACUACGGAGUUAUACCGUACGAAAUAGAGGCUAAUUUUAGUGGUGCGCACAAGGCGCUUUUCAAGCUGGCGAUGCGUCACUGGGAGAACUACACGUGCGUCACAUUUGUCGAGCGCACCACGGAACAUCAGAACUACAUCGUGUUUACGGAGCGACCUUGUGGUUGCUGUUCGUUCGUUGGUAAGCGGGGCAACGGUAACCAAGCGAUCAGUAUCGGCAAGAACUGCGACAAGUUCGGCAUCGUCGUGCACGAGCUUGGUCACGUGAUAGGCUUCUGGCACGAGCACACGCGGCCUGACAGGGACGACCACGUGAAAAUCAUUUACAAAAAUAUCAUGCCAGGACAACAGUACAACUUCAAUAAACUGACUUCCAAUGAAGUGUUCUCACUCGGAGAGGAAUACGAUUACGGCAGCAUCAUGCACUAUGCACGAAACACGUUCGCACGUGCCACGUACGUGGACACUAUUCUUCCUCGGAAGAAACCGGAAAUGGAUGUCAGACCGGAAAUUGGCCAGCGCGUGAGACUUAGUCCCGGCGACAUCGCACAAGCGAACAAGUUAUACAAUUGUCCAUCGUGCGGCCGGACCCUACAGGAGUUCCUCGGCCACUUUUACCACUCUCCGACCCCCGGGAAGGAGGAGCUCUGCCGCUGGCGGAUCAGCGCCACGCACGGGGAGAAGAUCGUGCUCAACAUCACCGCCUUAGACAUCCCUGUCACUGGACAUCCGGGCGGCCCUGAGCCAUGCGACACGGACUACCUGGAGAUUCGCGACGGCCACUAUGUCCUCUCCAAACUUAUAGGGCGGUAUUGCGGGAGCGUGAUGCCGGGCACGCUGGUCUCCACAGGAAGCCGCAUGUGGGUUGAAUACCGCACCAGCUCCGGCGGCGGAAAGGGUUUCGAAGCCAAAUACGAAGCCAUCUGCGGUGGCGAUAUAGUCAAGGAGCAGGGGACGCUGACGAGCCCAAACUACCCGGAUGACUACAAGCCCAACAAGGAGUGCGUCUGGAAGAUCACGGUCCCCGAUGGGUUUUCGGUCGCUGUCAAAUUUCAGUCGUUUGAGAUUGAGAACCACGACAACUGCGUUUACGACUAUCUCGAGAUACGUGACGGUCAUGAGGAGAACUCGCCUCUGAUUGGUCGUUACUGCGGCUACAAGAUCCCGGAUGACAUCAAGUCACAGACGAACAAGAUCUACGUGAAGUUCGUCUCGGACGGUUCCGUGCAAAAAGCGGGCUUCGCCGCGAACUUUGUGAAAGAGUACGACGAGUGCGAUACUGGCGAGCACGGAUGCGACCACGAGUGUGUGAACACGCUGGGAAGCUUCAAGUGCGAAUGUAAGAUCGGCUACGAGCUUCACUCGGACGGCAAGAAGUGUGAAGACGCGUGCGGCGGCUACAUCGACCAGACAAACGGCACCCUGCAGUCGCCCAGCUUCCCCGAGCUCUACCCGCCAAACAAGUUCUGCGUCUGGCAGAUCGUGGCGCCUGAGCAGUACCGUAUUACUCUCAACUUCACACACUUUGACCUCGAGGGCAACAAUCAAAACUGCGAGUACGACAGUGUGAGAAUAACUAGUGGCACGGGGUCGGACUCUGUGGUGAACGGCAUGUACUGCGGCUCCACCCUGCCGAUGCCUAUCACUUCCGAGAGCAACACACUCACGCUAGAGUUCAACUCCGACAACUCCGUUCAGAAGACCGGAUUUAUGGCGCUUUUCUUCACUGACAAAGAUGAAUGCGCAGUUAAUAAUGGCGGCUGCCAACACAUAUGCAAAAACACGGUCGGAAGCUACGAGUGCGCAUGCCACAACGGAUUCACGUUGCAUGAGAACAAGCUCGACUGUAAAGAGGGCGGCUGUCAGCACGAGAUCUCGUCGCCAGUUGGCGAGAUUAGCAGUCCAAACUGGCCCGACUUCUAUCCGAGCCGGAAGGAUUGCGUGUGGCACUUCUCCACGGUAAACGGACACCGGAUCAAGGUAGUUUUCCAGAACUUCGAGUUGGAACAGCACCAGGAAUGCACAUACGAUCACAUCGAAAUCUUCGAUGGGGCCAACAACUACGCAAACAGCCUGGGCCGGUUCUGCGGCGUCAAGAUACCGUCUCAGGUGAUCUCAACCGGUAAUGAGUUGUAUAUGGUGUUCUACUCGGACGCCUCCGUGCAAAGGAAAGGGUUCCAUGCGCUGCAUAGCACCGUAUGCGGUGGCCGCCUGGCUGUGACGGAGAAGCAGAGCCCCCUGUACUCACACGCCAAGUAUGGCGAUCAGAACUACAACAACAAACUGGACUGCGAGUGGGUGCUGGAGGUGAGGGAGGGCUAUCGCGUCUCCUUCUACUUCACCGCCUUUGAGAUCGAGGACGAGACGGACUGCGGGUAUGACAAUGUUGAGGUGUUCGACGGGCCGCAUGAUACAGACACGCUCAUCGGUCGCUUCUGUGGAGGAGAGGUACCUCCCGAGAUAUUCUCCACCGGCCAGUUCCUAUUGGUCCGCUUCCGGUCAGACGACACCAUUAACUGGAAGGGCUUUUCAGCCGUUUACCUGGAGGGAGGGCGGGCCUCCUCGCCAAACAACAACGUCAAGCCCGUACCGCUUAGAAUCAAUACAUAAAAGCGCGCAUGUGCAGCGUCGGUUUUAGUGGCAGCGUUGUGCGACUUUUAAGAGACGGUACCUCUAAAAGCAUCAGGGGAAUGAUACCGAAAGAAUUUUACUGCACGCGGUUAUCGUGCACCAUUUGUAGUGAUAUAAUUCUAUGAACAGCGUUAAUAGAUGGCGCUAUGUAAAUAGUGGACGUCUGACAAUAUAAGUUGCGUUUAUACGACGGCUGGUGUUGUCAGCGUUAAAAUAUGUAUGUCCCGAGGUAUACACCAGUUGUUGUUUUUUUAACACCAAAAAAGAAUCAAAGUUAUACCGUUAUACUAGAAUAGUAGUAGUUGUUGACACAUCCUGCGUGUGUACAGGAUACUUCGCUUGUUAAUACAACAUAAAAAUAUACUUCGCAAGAAACUGUUAUAUUAGCGGUUUAUUUGAUCUAUAUUAUCUUUUGUAAAUGUUACAAAUAGCAUUUGGUAUAUCCCGUUAUUUUGAAGCAAUGAUUGCUAAUUAGUUUCACGUUAUUGCAAUUAGAGUUGUAAUUACUCCGGUUUAUAUUAAACUGGCACGAUGCUAGAAGUCCUAUGCAUCCCAAAAUUCACAAGGUAACUUCUUGUAGAAACCAACUGAUGUGCCAUGCAAAUAAUUAUCUAUGUUUUCCUUUUAAAUAUACACUUUAUUGUAUUUUGAAAUAAUAUAUGUGUCAUUCGGUAGUGUUACAUCGAUAUAGCAUGCACUUUAAACACAUCCUUUAACGAGUUUUCUAGUAUUAUAUACAUGUAUAUACUUUCUGAUGGUUGUGACUGUCUUGUAAAUUUAUUUAAUUAUAUAUCAUUUGGUUUCAAAAACUAAAGCUUAUAUACAUGAAGUAGUUUUUCACGUGAUACCCAGCCGCUGAACUCUAGUGUUUAAGGGUUACAGACCGUGUUACAAAGGUUUCAGUAUACCGGUAAUCAUUUACUUACAUUAUGAAUGGUAAUGUACACGUCUUAGUUUACUGAAUGUACGUUGUGUCCGACAGUCCGAUUUUUAGUAUCCGUGUCCCACGACCAUCUUUCUUACAGAUUAUCAGCUCGCUACGAGUAUGCGGAAGUAGCCAGCCUGGAUCAGCAAUAACAAAUAAACAGGCGGUAGCGAGGCCUGACACUUUGUGGAAGUGUAUUUAAACAACAAAUUGUUGUCCAGCUUUGAGUUCAUGAGAUAAGCAUGAUGGCUCAGCAUCUUCGGAUGUUAUAGGGGAUGACUAGUUAAAACCUGUUUUUGCAAGAAAAGCUUUAGAUACUGAAAACAACUGUAUUUUUUUCAAUAGAUAAGUGUUUAUGAAAUAGUUUUUGCAAUAUGUCGGUUGUAAAGAAGUAAAUAAGUAUGAGAAUACUGUACUUUAAAUUCAACAUUGAUCAUCUUUUAAGGUACAAAACAUCACUUGAUCUUUCUCAUAGUUACAAAUAAGUGCAAAACAAGUAAACACACUACAUUGCAAAAUUUAUCGUAUCAAAACAACUGACAAACUAUUUGUAAUUUAGAUGCACAAAAAUAUCUCUAGCACAAUACAUUAUUUUUGCAAAAACAACUACCGAAACCACUUUUCUUUUUAACCAAACAUUUGUUGUGCUUCUAAAAAGAUGUGAUAAAUUGUUGUUUUUUUACUACCAAAUUGUUCACAUUUUUGACAUAGUGUUUUUAAACAACUGGUACAAUUUUCAGAUUCACCUUGCAAUGAUAUUUUCGAUUGAAACAACAAUGAAAAACUGUUAAAAUCACAAAUCUUUCAUAAUCACACAAAAAUGAAUGGUGUCCAUCUGACAACAAGACGAAGGUCUUUGAUGGGAUUGCCCAGUUAAUUGGGACCAAUUUCCAGGCAAUGUUACACAAUAAUCACAUGUCUAUUUAACAGCAACAAUGCGAGCACAGUUAUAAAUUAGUUUUAUAGAGAAUAGGAUAAGUAAAUGAAAGGUCAAAUAAGAUUUAUAUGUAACAAUUCUAUUUGUUUUAUUGGUUUUACCACUAUAUUUAAUUUCUGCAAAAAUAAAGAUAACAAACUGAAGUAACGACAAUAAUUAAUUUGAGUUAUGAAAUAAUGAUUAUUAGAUAUUUGGGUUGUUAAAUUGUUAAUGUUUCUGAAUCCAUUUAAAGUAUCAUCACCGCCAUCAUCAUGAUCAUCAUCAUCAUGAUCAUCAUCAUAAUCAUCAUGAUGAUGAUGAUGAUAAUGAUCAUCACCAUAAUCAUCAUCAUCAUUGUGCACCAACAUUCUCUUUACAACUCAAGUGUUAACAGGGUUUUAAUAUAGUCAUAUAAGGAAAACUGCCGCUCUCCUGACGACCAUUUUGGAACACAGCCGAGCUAUCAUUAGAACAAAUCUUCGGACCAAGUUCCAUGAAGAUUGGACUAUAAAUGUGACUUCUAGAGUGUUAACAAAAUUUUACUAUAGCCAUAUUUGCGCUCAUUGGGUCAUUGUCGACCUAAAAUUGCCUGAAUUCACACUGGGGUGACCAAUCUCCACGCAGAGUUGUCGUUCCUUGCUCUCACAUACACCUCUGCGAAAGGCUCAGCAUGCCAAAUUGCCCAGAAACUGGGUAAAACCGAACAAACGCAUUCAAAGUAUAUUUGAUUUGGAUUUUUUAGGAUCAGAUGCGUAAAAAAAUGAAAUAGGACUUUUAAAUUUACGAUACAUCGUGAAAAAACUUGCGAUGUUUAAUGCAACUCUUUGGAACUAUUUUAUUGCCCAUUUACGCAGAUGGAAUCAUUCCACGCACUUCACAAAUUUAAACAAUUAAGGUUCAUGUAAAGUCCCAAAAUGACCCCACAUAGAUGAAAUUGUAAAAUAUAAAAAUGAUCAGUAAUACCCAAAAUAAGUUAAUGAAAUUUACAUAUGGUUGCAAUAAUCACAUUUUUAUUCCAUAUAUGUAUACAAUGAAAAAAAAAAACUCACAAAUGUUAGUUAUAAUGUAAUUAUUAGCAAAAAUAUUGCAAUGUAUGGCAAAUUCUCAAUUUCAUUUAAAAAACACAAAUGCACCAAAUAAAAACACCAACAGUAUAUGCAAGUUAUAUGUAAGGUACUCCAAGCAUUGAAUUGCGUCAAUACAGCCCCACAAAGACACUAUGCGUAUUUCAAAAUGAACAUGUCAAUGCCAUGAGUCGCUAUUUAUAGAUUUUGGAAAAAUACUAACUUUCCACGCGCAUAUCAUGCGAUCAAUAAGAGUUAUGAUCUUAUAAAAUAAAAUUAAUGAAAAUAUAUCAUUUUCAUAAUAUCUCCAUAACAAUGAAACUUACUUGAAACGCACUAUUUGAAAAGAAUCUUGAUAUAAUUGACUCUCCUCCCGAUUUAAUUUCAUCGGUCGUCCAUCUUGGUCAGAAAUGUGUAUUGAUUCGUAUUUGCGAAUUUGUUAAAUAUUGCUUAUAUUAAAUAUUUACUUUAUAAAAUAACUAGAAAUUACCUCAUAAAUAAAUUAUACAAAUUUUAGAACAAACGGAUUGUGAGUAAUUUAUAAAUGAUCGAUUUUGAAACGAAAUAUUUUUCGAAUAUACUUCCGGCAAAUAAUGUCUACCUGAACAAGUAAACAUGACAAGACAAUAACAAAUGCAUUUUUUGAUCGAUGACAAGGUUUUUAUAGAAAUGUAAGUGUUCAGUUGUUUUAAUAUGUACGUGUGCCCAACAUUUGUAUAAUUCAUUUUUCCGAUCCCACAAAUAUUAUGCCCAGAUCGUUAAUUGAAAUAUUGUUAUGUCGACUUCCUUGAAACCGGAUGUUUUAUGCCCCACAUGUUUAACGAACGUGUAUGGAGUUCGAGAUGUGACAUAAACAUGUUGUAAUUUGUUUUAAGGUAGCUAAUUAGUCGUCGUUCCGAGUCCUUUAUAUUUCAAAUGAACAAUCAAAGUGUUUGCCUUUUGGUAAUAUAGUUUAUUUUUGUAAUUGUGACUAAAAUGAGUACUGUAUUGCGAGUAAAUAAGUAAUUUUGAAAAUGAAGGUUCACUGGUAAGUCCACCAUACUUAAAGUAGUUCCCAAUUAUUGUGUGAACUUUUUACAUUUUUUUAUGUUUUUCUUUUGCAUAUUUUAGGAUUGUUGGUGUGUGUUGUGUGGACUUUUCAUUUGUAGUACCUAACAUUAAGUGUAUACAAUAUUUUGACCAAAGGAAUUUGUUCAAUUUAA